CAUCGAGAAACGAUUCGUUGCUAUACGAAAUAAACUACUAUUUUACGUUAGAUACAUGUAUGUACGUCCAUACACCGCUUUACACGAUACUUUCACAGUUUUUUAAGAUCUUUCUUAAACUCGACUGCGUUUACGUUCGACGUAAACAAUAAAGAUAAUUAAUUGGCAAUUAUUUUCCUUUCGCAUUAUGCAGAGUAUGUACGACUAGCUAAAUGCAUCGAUGGAAAGAAAUCUGUAAUACGCGGCGCAUACAUAGUUUAAGCUUAGAUACGUAUAUAGCUUGAUAUACGUUUGUAUGUAUGUAGGACUCGAUGCCGAACACUUCGUCGGGCGUAAAGCAUAAAAAUCAAUACUGAGCACGAACGCGUCGUAAUGUCUGCCGCGUUUGUUUCGUGCGAUGUCGCGCUUCAGUAUUUAAUGUCUCCUACCAUUGCUACUGUGUCAAGUUUCUCGAAUCCGAUUGUCGAAUCUUAACACUACGCGGUUUUUUAAUUCAAUACAAAUAUUAUGUUAAAUCGAUUUGAACGCGUCGAAUGUAAGUGUAACUACGGAGAUAUCUGAGCAUGUACAUAUGUACAUACCUGUAAUACGUACUGCCGGCGCGGCACCGUUUCCAAAUCGGAAGAUAAUAAUAUUCUCCUUUGAUUUACUUAGUUGUUUCCGAUACGAUGUGCUGCGUGUUCGUACGAAAGGAAUCUUUAGACUGAUCGAACCUUAGGUUAGUCAGGUACGUUCUUAACGCUUCGUAACAAUGCGGACACGUGGUUGUCGGUGUACGUACACGUACGCUGCACAAUGUCCGAUUUAUAAUGAAACUAGCCAAGUGCCUCUAUUCGUGUAUAUAUGUGCGUAACGAAAUGUUUAGCUUGAUAAUGGAUGCUCCUGGGUUGGGGUAUUCGUACCACCUACCCUCGGCGGGAUGGAACCUUCGAGUUAGAAACGUACUCUCGCAGUUCAGCGAUCUCUUCAGCGAAUUUAAUAAGUACAUUGCGCCCGCCUAUCAUCAUGACCGAUGCGAAAGGUCCGUACAAAUGCGAUUGUAUUCUAUGCAUAAGAGGGAAUUCGUCAUGAUAUUUGUCGGGUUUUUCGCGUGUUUCGGAUUAGCAGUAUUCAUCGGACUAGCAGGUCCUCCUAUCACGUCGACGAGUGAACAGAGAGCUCAUUUAAACGGCAGCGAAGUUGCCACUGGCCCUUUCAUCAUGAAAACGCCUCUGUUAUCUACGUACAGCCAACAGUUGUGGGUGAUCGGAAAACUGUUAACGUCGAAUAACGAUGACGAAAGAUACGACAAGAGUUUUCAAAUAAGCAUCUCUAUAGACGGUAUCGGAAUCGAUCGAAAACUCGUACCUGUCCUAUCCGCGGAAACCGGGCACAACAGAACCAGACACUUGAAAUGCGAGAGGCAAACUUGCGAGGAGAUCGUCGUUGCCCACCUCGGAUUCCUCGAUUACAAUUACUACAUAAUCACCGUCCGUUUCCACGGUCUCGAGAGCUUCCACGAACGUUAUAACAUACGCGAGCUCACGUUCUACUUUAAGAACUAUAAUCCAGCGUUCACGGAGUUCGAGAUCUGGUUUCGGUUCAUCUUCUUAUUAACCGCGUUCGGAGUUAUGUGCUGGUUCGGACAUUCGCUUCGGAAGUACCCGUUGCAGGACUGGUCGAUAGAACAAAAAUGGAUUUCUGUGCUCCUGCCCUUGUUGAUAUUAUACAACAAUCCGCUCUUUCCAAUGACAUUUUUAAUGAACUCUUGGGUGCCGGGUAUGGUAGACGCGAUUCUGCAAACGACGUUCCUCUGCGCGGUUCUCAUGUUCUGGUUGUGUGUAUACCAUGGCCUGAGACAAAACGAAAGACAUCUGAUCACGUUUUAUUUGCCAAAAAUUCUGAUAGUCGGUUUGCUCUGGUGUUCCGCGUUUAUCCUAGCGACAUGGUUACGUUGCACGGAAUUGGAGGACCCAACUUAUAAUUACGUCUUGGAUACAUCAAAUUACUUUGGAUUCAAAGUGUUCUUCUUCACAGUAGGAGGAUUUUAUGUGGCGUAUCUACUUCUCUUAAUAUUAAAAGCGUACAGUGAAUUAAGAUCCAUGCCUUAUUUCGAUCUUCGUUUACGUUUCUUAACGUUACUCGCUGCUGUGGUCUCGUUUGUUUGCGGUUGUGUGACAGCACGACAAUUCGGUGCUGGAAUUUUCGAAGAUAGCUUCGCUUCUCGUCUCACCACUUACUAUCGUUCGUCCGCUCAGUUUAUGGCACUCUACGGACUCCUCAACUUUUAUCUCUACACGAUGGCUUACGUGUACGCGCCAGCAUCUCAACAAGUAUAUGGACAGCAUACUUCUAUAACUAAGGACAAUCCGACGUUUUCUAUGAUAAAUGAUUCCGACGAAGACGUUAUUUACGGUUCAGACGAGGAAGUUGCGUAUGGUUCGGACGAAGAUAGUCGGAGGCCUUUAACUCGUGCACCUCGGCCCACAACUACUACUCAUUAAUGCAUCUAAAAUUUUUUGAGAGGUGUGUGCGAGAGAGAGAGAUUGAAAGAGAGAUUCUAGAAGUUAAGUAGCAGAACGAAUAAUAGUUGAGUCAUUUGAACCAGUGGAAAGUACUUGUAUCUCAUUUACAACAGUUAUACCUAUAUCGCGUAAGACCACCGCGUAUUGAAUGUUUACACAUGACUGUAUAUUAUAACUCUGUAUAUUAUAAACGAUGAACGAGUCUAAUAAGUGCGAUGUGUGAUAUUUGAAGAUGCAACGAUUGAUUAUUGAUCAUAUAUUCCUAUUGGUAACGUUACGAGUGUACGAGAGGACGGAGGAUUUAUUUUAUCGGAACUUAGAAUUAAUAUUCAUGUAUAAUACUGUACAUUAUAUGCACGAUGUGUAUUGUAAAGUAUUUCGCUAUGUGUCUUUUAAAACAAACAACGUUUUAUGUAUUAACGAGUACAAAUAUAAUUGUCAACUACACGAA